UUGAAAAAUAAAUAAACAUAAAUUACAUUAAAAUUUUUAAGGCAUCCCCAAAAUCCAUAAAUAUGUGGUGCAAAUUAGAUUGUCCGCUUCAGUCUGAGGUUCCUUCUAUUGCUGCCAUGAUUUCACCCUUCUCCAGCUUCUCACUGCCCAUCGUCUCUUCUUCUUCUUCUUCUUCUUCUUCAUCUCCUUCUCAAGAUGCAAGCUCCAACACGAGGAAGACAGUGAAGCUAAGAGAGGACUGGAGGAAGCGCUCCAGACCCAUACCACCAGGAGGUAUUUAUCCAGCUAAAGAUCAUUGCAGUCGAUGUGGUUUGUGUGAUACUUAUUACAUUGCCCAUGUGAAGGAUGCUUGUGCUUUCUUAGGAGAUGGAAUGUCUAGAAUUGAAAGCUUAGAGCCUGUAGUCCAUGGUAGAGGAAGAACUGAUUCCUUUGAUGAGACAUAUAUGGGAGUCCAUGAAAAUCUGCUAUAUGCUCGUAAAACUAAGCCUGUAGAAGGGGCUCAGUGGACAGGAAUAGUAACUACUAUAGCAAUUGAAAUGCUGAAAGCAGGCAUGGUCGAGGCUGUCAUUUGUGUACAGAGUGAUCCAGAUGACAGACUGACUCCAAGGCCUAUUCUUGCUCGAACACCAGAUGAAGUUUUAGCUGCUAAAGGUGUCAAGCCAACAUUAUCUCCCAAUCUGAAUACCCUUGCCCUAGUUGAGGCUGCUGGUGUGAAACGUCUUCUUUUCUGUGGGGUGGGAUGCCAAGUUCAAGCAUUGAGGUCUGUGGAGCAACAUUUAAAUUUGGAGAAGCUCUAUGUGUUAGGCACCAACUGUGUGGAUAAUGGAACUCGAGAAGGCCUAGAUAAGUUUCUGAAGGCAGCAAGUAGUGAACCAGAAACGGUUCUCCAUUAUGAGUUUAUGCAAGAUUAUAAGGUCCACCUGAAGCAUUUGGAUGGCCAUAUUGAGGAGGUAGAAGAGUCCCUUUACCUCUUUUCUGGUCUGAGCCCUCAAUCAUCCUGUUUCAUCCAUUUCAAAUUUUUACUAAAGCAGGUUCCUUAUUUCUCUCUACCAGCAAACAACUUAGUUGACGUAAUUGCUCCAUCUUGCUACAGCUGUUUUGACUACACAAAUGCACUGGCGGAUCUGGUGGUUGGAUACAUGGGCGUGCCAAAAUAUCCUGGAGUCAGCAUGACACAACAUCCACAAUAUGUUACAGUCAGAAAUGCACGUGGCAGAGAAAUGCUUAGUUUGGUAGAGAAUCUUUUGGAGAUUACUCCAACAAUUAGUGGUGGUAAUAGGCAAGCAUUUGUUAUGGAGACUGUUAAGGCAGAUGAUGAUGCUAAGUUUGGGAGGGGCCCAUCUCAACCUGCUCCAAAGUUCAUUGGCAAUAUCAUAGCUUUCAUACUGAACUUAAUUGGCCCAAAGGGUCUGGAAUUUGCCCGCUAUUCACUCGAUUACCAUACCAUCAGGAACUAUUUAUAUACAAACCGCACCUGGGGAAAGCAAAGAGCUGAGCAGCACAUUCCUUCAUAUGCAAAGAAAAUUGUGGAUUUGUACAACCAAAAUGGCCAGAUUGAUGGUAUGCUUUCUCGUAAGUGAUUGCUUGCUGGAAAAAAUGUUGUUCAGGAGGCACAUUCAUGUAUGUCAAAAUUCCUCCCUCUGCUUUCUAAUGUAUGAAUUUUGUAGAAUUGGAAGGCUACUUUAUAUAACCAUUAGGAAAGGAUAUCGAGUUAUGAAACAAAAUGGAUAUAAGAUAACUGUAAGUUUUGUCAGUAGUUCUCACUACCAUUUCGUUAUAAAAAUAUCAGUGGAUU